UAUUCGCCCAACUACUACCACCAUACCUGAGCAACCAGCUUCUGCUUUCCAAGACUUGAGCCUGUGUGUAAACUGCCUACUACCACUACUGCAAUAGUCGGGAAAAGAUUGUAGUGCCGCUGAUUCUCGCGCUCUCUCUUGUAUUAAAAUUCUCAGCCUCAUAGAAAUCGCUACGGUUACCAACAACGACAGGCCUUCGAAAGGUUAGGAAUGUUGCAAUACUGUUGCAAUGUCUGGCAUUGAGAUCGCGGGAUUGGCCCUAGGCGCGUUUCCAUUGCUGAUAAGCGCUGCCGAACACUACAGAGAAGGCUUUGAGCCGUUGCGCCGCUGGAAAAGAUUUCGAUCCGAGUUUCUCAUGUUCAUCAAUGCCGUGGACAUUGAGAAGAACAUUUUCGACGCAACAUUGGAGGAAUUUCUGAUUUCCGCAGAUGUUCCUCACGAAGAGUUGCAGCUGUUCAUGACAGAUCCGAACUACGUUGGGUGGCACUCCGAGGACUUGGUCGAGGUGCUAAGAUCGCGGCUUGGUCCCUCGUACUUGGUCUUCAUGAGCACUAUCAAAACUCUCAAUGAAACAAUGGUUGAUCUACAAGAUAUGCUUUUGCUAAAAAAUGGAGAAGUGGGUUUUUCAAGUGGAUAUGGGAACAUACAUGUGCUAAAUAGUCGUUGAAAACAGGUGGACUGGCUAGAGAUGGUGCAAGUAAAUGGGACUACCAAUUUAAACGAAUAUCCCAUAGCUUCAGCAACGAGGGAAAAAAGAAAGUCAAAAGCUUAGAGUCAACCAAUCGAAAACUGCGAGAACUACUCACGGUCAAGGAGAAGCUGCAAACGGGGAGGGGUACGAGAACAAGGGAAGAAAUUAAGUGGGGAAACAUUUUCGAAUGUAUUCGACGCCACGCGAGCAGUGUUCAUAUGGCACUUCGGAAAGGCUGGAAUUGCAGCUGUGAAAUAUCUCACAACACAGCACUACGGCUUGAACGGCGUCAUGAUGGCGGAUAG